AUGCCUCGUGGAACUCUUGAAGUGAUUCUCAUUGGAGCAAAAGGCCUUCAUGACACUGAUUUUUUCAAGAAAAUGGAUCCCUAUGUGAUUCUGACUUAUAAAACUCAGGAACACAUAAGCAGUGUAGCCAAAAAUGCAGGAUCUAAUCCUCGUUGGAAUGAAAGCUUUCUUUUCACAGUUGCUGAUAAUGUUGCUGAACUUAAUUUGAGGCUAAUGGAUAAAGAUAAAUUUACCAGAGAUGAUUUUCUUGGUGAGACAAUAAUUCAUUUGGGACCGGUUCUUGAGGAAUAUAGUGUGCCAGAAACUUCUUAUAAUGUUGUGAAGAAUCAGAAUUACUGUGGAGAAGUUCGUUUGGCUCUCACUUUUCAUCCAGAGGGUGGGUUUUACUGA